AUGUCGCUAGAGGCCGACAUCGAUACUUCAUCCAUCGGUGCCAGGCUAGCUAGGUCCGGUAAGGCGUGCUACAAGUUCGGCAUCGUGGACGCCGGAUUCGAUUAUAUCCGCCGGUUGGAUACAAGCUUCGUGGCGGGCGGCCUGGCAAUGGCUACGCCCGGCGGUGCUUGGCAAGCGCUAGCCGGACCGGAUAUCGUGAAAGGCAUGACAGCAGCCAGUGGAUUUUGCGGGGAUGGGAGAAAAGAGGGGAACCAUGGUAAGGGCGAGGGGGCACGACCACCACUCUCAAUGAAAAAGCGGAGCCAUCAGGCUGGCACAACAGCCGGAAGUCAGCCCAUGGUUAGGACGGCUCCUUUUCUCACUGGCUGUUCACCAAAACACCCAUCAACCUUGCGGGGUUCAUUUCACGCCGUGUUUCCUGCUUCGCAGUCUCCUGCUUGCGCGAGCCGGCAUCCUUCGCGCGAAAGAUGGCUCGGGCCAUCGUCGAGACAAUCGGGGUUGCCAGGAUGUGAGACCACCGACCUCCUGUUCCGACCUAUCCAGGUAUUCAAGUCCGAAGCCAACAGCUGGUCGUGCCGUCAGCCGGGCCCACUUGUGACUCACGCGCCUUCCUUGACAAUAGGUAACAUUCAAGCAAGCCGAAUCCAUGGAUUUUUCUAUGAGUUGGUGGUCAGAUUGAAAGAAAGAUAUGGGAACCAUGAAUGUUUGGAUGGCCAAAUAGUCGAGGUCACCGUGCCAUGGGGAAAGGGGGUCAGCUCGGGGAUCCCCACGGGGAUGCCGGUGAGUGAACACAGUUUAGGUGGCCUCGGUUACCCUCCGAAAUGGGACAAGCGAGUCCCGCCUGGGUCAUACGCCUUUUGCGUCGCUGCUGCCUUGAUUGACCUUAUUCGCCCAGUGCCAUGCACAGGUGAAAUGGAGGAUGGAGGUGUAUGUCGGGAUCUAGAGAGUUUCACUAAGCUUGCACUACACCGAUCUCCACAAGCCUGUCCUCGGACUUACGGAAUGGGUAGCAACAGUGACAGGGCAUCAAGCAAUGGUAACUUUGCUAGCACUGCGGCUAGGUUCUAUGAGUGUCACGAGAUCGAGGGCAAAGGGCUGCCUAUGGAGUCCGCAUUGAGGUCGAUCCAGGUACUUGAGAGCUUUGUGGGCGGAUUGCAUGAUCAUUUGGACCACAUUUGCGAAAGAAAAUCAGGCUAUUGGCUGUUGAUAAGCGCUAGUGGAUUGCUUGAUCUACCGCUUCCGGCCCUAAAUAGUAACAGAUACAUGAUGGCUCGAAGGUGGCAUGGGGCAAAGGGAGAUAGAAGUUCUGUUGUAUGA